AUGAAGCAUCUCAAAACACUGCACUUUGACUACUAUCAGAAAGAUUGGUUUGGCAGACAAUGGGACAUUAAUGGAUUUGUUCGCAGCCUUGCCAACGCAGUUGGUUCUACGCUGGAAACGCUCGUCUUGACUGAUGGCUACAUAUUCACGGGCAGUCAUCUUAUCUCGUGGCAUAUGCACGGCUCUAAAGUUCUAAAGCACAUGGAGCUUAGCACUGUCUUUUUUACGAACGGUAGAAAAUCGGCGGGCGAAUCUAAUGAUGAUGAAUUCGAUCAUCUUAAUCCGGGCUAUGUGGUGCGGCCGUUAUUCAAGUUGCUGCCUCCUAGUCUCGAAUCCUUCAAGCUAGAUGUGCUGUCCAGCCACUUGGAAACUGUGAAGCAACUAUUUCGAGGCUUUCAAAAGAACCGAACCGAGUCCCUGCCUCGACUGACUAUGGUGGAAUUGCAUGUACGUACUUGGGACCCUUGGAAUCAAGAAUUUCCAAAUAAGGACGCCCAAGCCACUGCUAUUAAAGCAUUUGCUGAUAGCAUCGGGCUCACCACGGUUAUCAGAACAUACUAG